AUGCAGUUCUCCGCUGUCCUCAUCGCCGCUAUUGCUUGCGCUACUGGCGCCCUCGCCGAUCUGCACUCCUACGCAUGGUGCGCAGACAAAGUCUUCGAAGGCAUCAACGAGUCCAACCCUGAGAACAACGAUGCCACGAAGAUCGCCUGCGGCAAAUACAAGCUGCGGACACGGGCAACAACCAGUGGGACACUUGGCCCGACUGUUCCACUCUACCGCGGUGACGUCUUGGUCUGCAACUCGCCUGACAAGCACAUUGGUGGCGAUGAGUGGAACUACUAUUGCACCAACUCCGGUGCCGAUAUGGGCAAGGCUUCCUAG